CACCACCAUCAUUACAUACACAUUCAUAUAUGUAUAAUUUACAGGAGAGAAAGAGGUAGAAGACGACAACACAAUCGGACACCUCCAUUAACCCACACACAAAAACACCAUUUUCGUUCCUUUUCCUUUCUGGGUUUCGUUUUUAAUUUCUACAUAUCAAAUCUUCAAUUUCUUUGCAAUCGAUCCACGGUUAUCUACUCUUUCAUUUCUCUCACUUACUCUCAAUGAUCAAAAUCUCCCAUAUUUUCCGGUUGUAAUCGGAUUCGAAGUGAAGAAGUUUGUAUUCGCCCUCUGAUUGUUUGAUUGAUUUGGGGGUGAUCUGUUUGUUUAAUCGAUUUGGGAAUUUAGGGUCCGAAUGGCGUUUCAUUUAUCGAAGUUUCUCAAUAAAGUUUAUUCGAUGGCAGAAGGGGGAUCUCGUUAUUGUUCUAAGAAAUCCGAUGAUGUCUGCGGUGAGGAUUCAGGGAGAUCUUCGACUAUGUCGAGAGUAAGAUGCAUUCUUCGUGGGUUAGAUUUGAAAACCCUAAUCUUUCUAUUCGUAUUGGUACCAACCGUCAUCUUUGGAGUGUAUGUUCACGGUCAGAAAAUCUCCUACUUCUUGCGUCCGUUAUGGGAAUCACCACCAAAACCGUUCAACGAAAUCCCACACUACUAUCACGAGAAUGUGUCAAUGGAGAAUCUCUGUAAGCUUCACGGAUGGAAAACACGCGAGUUUCCAAGACGGGUUUUUGAUGCAGUUUUGUUUAGUAACGAAGUCGACCUCCUUACGAUAAGAUGGCAUGAGUUGUACCCUUAUGUUACUGAGUUUGUACUCCUGGAAUCAAACUCAACGUUCACUGGCUUGCCUAAGCCCCUAGUGUUUUCUGGCCACCGUGAUCACUUCAAAUUUGUCGAGCCAAGAUUAACCUAUGGGAUGAUUCCGGGAAGAUUUCAUAAAGGCGAAAACCCUUUUGUUGAAGAGGCUUAUCAGCGAUUAGCAUUAGAUUAUCUUCUAAAGAAAGCCGGGAUUGAAGACGAUGAUUUAUUGAUCAUGUCUGAUGUUGAUGAGAUCCCGAGUCGACACACGAUCAAUCUGUUGAGAUGGUGUGACAAUAUACCUCCGGUUCUUCAUCUUCGCCUCAAGAACUACUUGUAUUCAUUCGAGUUUCUUUUGGACAACAAUAGUUGGAGAGCAUCUGCUCAUCGAUACCGAUCCGGAACAACAACAUAUGCUCAUUUCCGUCAAUCGGAUGUGAUCUUGGCGGACGCAGGGUGGCAUUGCAGCUUUUGUUUCCGUCGUAUAAGUGAAUUCAUCUUCAAGAUGAAAGCGUAUAGCCAUUUCGACAGGGUGAGGUUCAAGAAGUUCUUGAAUCCUGAUAGAGUACAGAAAGUAAUCUGUAAAGGGGCGGAUCUUUUCGACAUGUUGCCAGAAGAGUAUACGUUUAAGGAGAUCAUCGGGAAAAUGGGGGCGAUUCCGCAUUCGUAUUCGGCUGUUCAUCUUCCUGCAUAUCUUCUUGAAAAUGCUAGUGAUUACAGAUUUCUGUUGCCUGGGAAUUGCUUGAGAGAAAGUGGUUGAAUUACAUAGAGGUGAUCAAGAAAAGGGGUUUGACCAAAGAGAGACAAUAGUCAACUGGGGUAUGCUGUUUGUUUUGCUAUUGUUUAAAUGGUUAUGAGAAUGGUUUAUAGAGGCAGAUGAGAUGAUGAUGAUGAUGAUGAUGAUGUAUAUAAUCUGUCUACACUUCCAUUUGUUUGUUAGUUUUGGGGAGGCUGUGGGUUGCCUGUUUAUUACUGGGCAUUAUGUUUCCCUUCCUGCUGCUGCUGCUGCUGAUUGGUGGUAUAUUAGGAAAUUUUGAAUCAAUUGAGACUAAUCUAUUUCAUUAUCUUUCA